AUUCAAAAUGCUGUGAAAUGCAAUAAAUCUUUAUUUUCGUAAUUUCGUAUUCGUAUUAUUUUUCUGAUUUUUUAUUGAAUUUGUCAAUUUUCUAAAACGGCGCGGACGAUAACGGUACCUGCUGCAGAUUUCAUCAUCAUGCCCAGGCUCAAGAAGAGAUCAUUAGAAACCAAAGCUAGGAUAUCGCGAAUGAAACGAGCCGAGAAACGAAGAGAACAAAUUUUGAUUUUAAAAACGCAAGCCGAAGAAAUGGAAAUUUUAUGUCGUGGCAUAAGAAGUGAAGGAGCUCUUGUACCACCAAUCAGACAAACCGCGUCAAUAUUUAAACAGCCCGUUACUGUUCAUAAGAACCAGGAAGGAAAAGUUAAAGCAGACUUCAAACACGGAAGACAAGAAAAGCCUAGACAAGUAUUUUGGGAGAAAAGACUUGAAGGUAUUCGAGCAUCAGAAAAAGAUGGUUAUGAAUUAGGUACCAGAUGGACUGGUCUAUUGCGACCAGCUGGUCCUCAUGUCAGUGAUGAUACUCUAUUGCAGAGUGUAGCUACUGCUUUACAUGUAUGCGCUAUGCCAGUGACUGGGCAACCUCCGAUGCGAUCUCAUUAUGAUAAAGAAAUUGUAUAUCGGAUUCCAGAUCAACCACUUGUCCAGGAGGUGAGUGUAACCGUCGAAGACAUCAAAAGUCAAGAAGAACGUGUUAUAGCAGCCAGAAAACGACUUCAAGAAAUUAUGGUAAAAAUAAAAUAACGUUUUUGUACUUGUUGAAAAUAACAUAAUAGUACUUUUUUUCUCACUUUUUUAAUUUUUAUCUUUUAUGACUUAAUUAAUAUUAAUAACAACAUGCAAAUAUAUUGAUAUUUUUUUCUUUGAUUUAUCA